GGAGAACAAUAUGAAUCAAGGCUUAGCAAAUGUGUACAGAGACAGGCUGGAUUCUAUAGCAUCACAAAACAGUAAUAAUAUGGAAAUUUUAGACAGUCUUAAAUUUCGUUCAGCUAAUCAAACUGGUGACUGUGAAAAAGGCUAUUAUGAAGGGAUACCAGGCACAACAGCCAUACCGCAGCCACUGCCACCACCUCCGACAACAACAACAGCAACCACAACAACAAAUGCUGUCAAUAUACAACAACAACAACAACCGCUUCCUGAAGACAUUUCCGAUUUCGGUGGGGAUAUUGACGUCGAUGGGGAUGAUAUAGGUGUCGGGAUAGAUGAUGAUGUUGAUGUGGAUUUGGAUGGUUGUGACGAAUUAAAUGUUGGUGGUGUAGACGAAGAUGAUGUUGAUGACGAUAAUACUGCUGAUUUAAUUGAUGGCCAGUUGAAUCAUCAGGAAAGUACACUUUGUCCAAAGUGUUUUCAACAUUGUAAUCGAAUUUGUCAGAACAUAUUCUAUUGUUGUUCAGCAUGGAGUCCUCUUGGGGCAUUUAUGCAAGAUUUAUUAUCACCGAAGUUGUUAUUAAGUCCAACUUUCCUAUUCUUUCUUUUCUCAAGCAUGACAGCUAUGCUAGGUUUAGUUAUUCCCUUUCUAAUGUUACCUGAUUUAUUAUCUGAAAUGAAUUGGAAGCUAGAAGAUUCCGGUUUUAUUAUAUCUUCAAUUGGUGCUGGGAAUACAUUCGGACGAUUAUUUGCUACAUUUUACAUUGAAAAAGCCUGGUCAACAACCUAUAAAUGGGCGGAUUCUUUAUGGAUGAAUAAUAUCUCUUUACUGUUAACCAGUAUAACAGUAUUCACUCUGCCAACUAUACGACGAUAUUAUGCGGCUGUAGUUCUAGUCUCCUGUGGUUUUGGAUUAUUUUCAGCUGUGUUUGUAUCACUGAAAAGUAUUCUAGUCGUUGAAUUAAUCGGAAUUGAUCGUUUGACGAAUGCCUUCGGUUACCUGUUGUUAUUUCAAGGUUGUGCAGCUGCUAUCGGUCCUCCAGUUGCAGGCUAUUUAAGAGAUAAGCGAAUAGAGAGCCUGCCACCGUUGAAUAUCUUUACAGCAGAUACUGCUCCUGUGCAUAAUGCUUCAGCUAUUGGCUUUCUAUUCGCUGGUACAGCUCUGUUUAUAUCAUGUCUAUUAGGAUGUCCACUACGAUGGUUAUCUAGAAAAGAAUAUCCUGCUGAACAACCGUCGAAUACACUUACCACGUAUAAUCCAAAUGAAUUUCUACCUAAUCAUAUAGAUCCUACAAACUUUAAUUAUGAAUAUAAUACCACGUCACCUGUACUCACUGGAGAUCAUGAAUAUAUGCAAUUGCCUGAAUAUCAUCAAGGCGUAGAGAUCAAUGAACCUGGUUCUGCUAGACGUAUAGAUAUGGUAGAUCAUUAUCCUGGAACUGCAUCUGUCGCUGCUCCUCUAUCCUCACUGGCAGUUGUUGAUAAUACAUUAAGAUCUCAGGCGAAUAAUCAACUCUCACCAUGUGUUCCUCUGUCAUCUGUAAGUGGUGUACCUCUACCAGCGAGUCAUCAUCAUGUGAUGUUGUCAACAGCACAACCAACAGUAGUAUCUCCGUUGGUUGUUGUUGGUGGUAGUGCGGGUGCAGGUGGUGGUGGUGUCGCAACUGGCGCUACAACUACUGGAUCAUUUUUGGAGAAUAAUAAUGUACCAAUUGCUGGGGCUGGUGGCAGUGGUAAUUUGACAGCCUCUGUAACAGAUGAUACUGUCCAAUUGGUUGGUGUUAGUGGUUUGAAAUUAUCUGCAACUGGAAUUCCUGUACCUGUGGUAGGCGGCAGUGGAGGUGGCUCAGUUCCUACUCCAUCAUCAGUGUCAAUAUCACUUCCAGCUCAAACGGUUGAAGUUCUAGAGGUUAAAGAAGAUCCUGGUCUAGAACCGGUUGUAGAAGAGGAAGAAGAAGAAGAGGAAUACGAAGAUGAAGAAGAGGAUUAUACAGCGGAGGGAUUAGUCGCCGGUGAUAAUUCAACAUCUCCGCAUCAUCAUCAACAUUUAGACUCUGGUGUGACGAACAAUGAUAGUGGUGCUGAUGGUUUUGCUGGUACUACUGCUGCUACUAUGGGGGGUGAUAAUCUUCUGCCAGCGACAAAUGACCACCCAUGUGCCUCUUCGUGCUCCUCCUCGUCAUCAGCGUCAUCAACGUCUACUACGCCUACUCUACGCAGUGGAGGAGGCUCACGUAAAGAUAUGACGAACGCCACCACCAACAACGCUACGACUACAAAGCAUAAACGUCGUCGAGGAGCGACAGCAGCUUCUAAGCCGACUACCACUGCCACUACAUCACCUACACCGAUUGGGAAUGUAGAAGUUAGUGGUGAUUGUAGUGGUGUCACAGCACCAGAGCCGACCACUACCAUUCCCGUCGCCAGCAGCACUAUUACUACUACAACUGAGAAUACUAUUCCUACAGCCGCCGCCGCCGCUGAUGCUGCUGCUACUGCUGCUGCAAGUAAUGUCCAAGCCACUGACGGUUGUAACUCAAAGGAGGAGAAGGAUAAUGGGGAUAAGGAUGAAAAUUCUGUUCAUACUUCAUAAGAUCUCUUGUUUCUGUCUGGUUGACUGUUUCUACCAAUAGAUAUUCAUUGAUUUGCUUGUCCACUGUCGAUACGCGCUCAUUGUUGCCUGUUAUGCGGCGUCGUCUGUCUCUUUUUUUCCGCGUGUACUAACUAGUCAUGUACUUCUUUAUUUUUGUCAAGAAUAAAAACUUAUCUGCUUACGUCAGCUACAAGGUAUAUGUAACUGUAUUGUUAUUAUUAUUAUUGCUUGUACACACCAUGUUGACUUUUCAUUCGUGUGUGUGUGUGUUGUCUGGUUGUCUGUCUGCCUGUCUAGUGUGUGUGAUGCACGUACUACCGACGUGAAUGUGUACAUAUAGAUAGAUAAAUGUAUUGCUCUCUCUCUCUCAUCAAUAAGAUGAUCGCCGAGACUUAUAUCAUCCCCAAUUACGUCAUUUUCCACACAUACACACACACAAACACAUCACUUUAUCCGUUUACCAUGUGUUGUGGUUUGUCUGUUUCUUGGAUCGGCUGUCGGAUUUAUUUCCUUCUUGAAGGUAAAUAAACUGGAAUGAUGAUGUGUGGAUGCACAUACACACACAAACGCCUUCAUUGUCCAAAGGAGAAAUAUAAAAGAUAUGAUCUCUUUUUGCGUCUAUUGUAUGAUUUAUCUCUUCUGUGUCAUGUCAAAAAGAAAAUGUAAAUAACAAUAUUUCCUUCCCUUUGUGUUUGUGUGUGCGGACGUGCGCGUGUGUUGUCUCGACAGCCUCCGCUUUCAUUUAUCAAUCAUCUAUCCUGUAAGCUUCCGUACAGAUCUGGCUUAUCUGUCUGCUUGUCUAUUUCCCUUUUCUAGUAGAUCUUUAUGUUAGUUCUAAAACUUAUUUUGUCUGUGUGUGUGUGAAUGUAUGUCUGUUGGCGUUUCUGUGGUGUGCUAUAUUCCACCUUCAUCUAGGAAGAAAGAGGCUUUUAAAAUAUCAUUUCUGCUUCAGACGUUGUUCUUGUUGUUGUCGCUGUUAUUGUUUUUGCCACAAUAUCCGAUUUGUUUGUACAUCUCGUCUCGUUUUGUUUUGUUUUGUUUCUAUUCGUGUUCACUUCAGAUUGCUUUCAUUUUACUUUUUGACUUUAUCCAUUUCUUUGUCUAUUACAAGUUGAUCCUUUUAUUGGCUCCCAGUGUAUGUGUGUCUAUGCAUCUAUCUUUCUGUCUAUGUGUAUGUGUGUGUAUCAGUGUGUACAGACAGUUGUCUUUGUGUUUAUUUAAACACACAUUUUAAAUCAACCGCCAGUAUCCAUAUAAACACGUUGUAGAUACAUUUAAACAAGAAUAAUGAUAACAUUAAGACUAUUUUAAAAAUUAACAUUUAUUUUAUAAAAAUUACAAACAUUUUGACGAUACUUGCGUGUGUGCGUGUGUAUGUCCCUCUCUGUAUAUAAAUGUAUACUGUGCGUGUGUGUAUCGGUUUAUCUAUCGUUAACUAGAAAUGAUUACAUGAAGUUGAAAAUGUGCAGUUUACGUUUUCCUUUCCUUACAAAAUCCAACUGAUUCGAUUAUUAUUAUUAUUAUUAUUAUUAUUAUUACUGUUAUUAUUUUUAAGUUGUCUAUUUUGGUUUUAUUUCUUUUGAAUUAUAAUUUCUCGAAAGA